AUGUUCACCACCAUCGCUGCUCUCCUGGCUGCCUCUGCUGCCUCCGUCUCUGCUGUCGCCGUUCCCCGUGGCAACAGCGGAAGCGCCAGCGUCACUCCCCACGAGCAAUACUCGUCCUCCAUCGGUGUCUUGGGCUGCCUCAUCAACACCAACCGUGUUGCCUACUGGCCCAUGGGCGUUGACUGCAACAACAUCUGCGUCAAGGUCACCAACGGCAACCGCAGCCUCAACCUCCUCAAGAUCGACCAGUCGGGCGGUGCCUACGACAUCUCAUACGAUGCCUGGAACUACCUUGGCUUCGGCGAGGGUGCCGAGCAGGACCCCCACAUGGGCGGCGGCAUUCCCAUGACCUAUGAGUUUGUCGAUGCCAGCGAGUGCGCUGACCUGAUGCACGGUGGCAAGCUGCCUCUCUCUGCUGCCAACAGCAUGAACUACGUCGCUAGCUGCAUGAGCGAGCCCAACAGCUGGGUCAACAAGAACCACCAGCUCAUCAACAUGGCCGAUCCCCUCUGCCACUACGGAUACAACGAGGUCUGCACUCUGGAUCUGAGCGUCAGCAACCAGCCUUCUUGCCCUCACACCCUGGGUGCCCAGGUCAAGUACACCGGCCCUGGUGUCACCAACAUUGCUUAUGGCACCGGCAAGGCUGAGGCUGCUGCUUAA